AUGGCUUCUUUCCAUCAGGAUAUUCCUCUUGAGGGUGGUUCCACCUAUCGCCCUCCGUUUUUCAAUGGGAUUGAUUAUCCCUACUGGAAAACAAGGAUGCAGAUUUUCCUUGAGUCGGUAGAUCUUAAAAUUUGGUAUAUUGUAGAGGAAGGAUAUCAGCCUCCAACUAGACUAGAUGACAAUGGUAAAAAUAUGCUUAAAAAAUACACAGAGUUUACUAGAGCAGAAUUAGAGAGUGCCCAAUACAACUCAAAAGCAAAGAACUUAAUAGUUAAUGCACUUGGUAAGGAUGAAUACUACCGAGUAUCUUCAUGUAAGACCGCACGUGAGAUGUGGCUUAUUUUAGAAACAACCCAUGAAGGUACUAGUGAAGUAAAGCGUUCUAAACAAAAUGCAUUAUCUAGGGAGUUUGAGCUCUUUGAGAUGUAUGAGGGUGAGUCUAUAUUUGACAUGCAAAAACGUUUCAUGCAUAUAGUUACAUCAAUGAAUGCUUUAAAUAUUUUUCAUGAUGAUGAACUGUUAGUUAACAAAAUUCUGAGAUGUCUUACUAAGGAAUGGGAUGCAAAGGCUUCGGCAAUCUAUGAAGCUAAAGAUCUCUCCACAAUGUCAAUUGCUACUUUAUUUGGAAAGCUUCAGGAGUACGAGUUGGAAUUAAACAGAAGGGCUAAGCGUGAGCUUAACAAGAAAAAUUCAAAGAGUAUAGCUCUAAAAUUUUCUUCUUCCCAAUCCAAGCAAAGUAAGAAAAGUACCGAUACUUCUUCAAGUGAAUCAAGCACCGGUGAAGACGAUGAAAUGACAAUGUUCGUGAAAAAGUUUAACAAGUCAUUUACCAAGUUCUUCAACAAGAAAUUUAACAGAAGGAGAAGAAGGGUCAACAACCCAAGUAGAAAAGAAAGCAACUCAAACAAUGCUUGUUUUGAGUGUGGAAAAGAAGGCCACUUCCAAAAGGACUGCCCGAACAAAAAGAAUAAAUAUGAUAAUGGCAAGUUCAAGAAAGGUAAGAGCAAAAAGAAGAAAGCUUACAUGGCAUUUUCGGAUGACACUUCAAGUACUACAAGCUCCUCAUCAAGUGAACAAGCUAACCUUUGCUUCAUGACACAAAUUGAAAAAGAUAAAAUUGAGGUAUAUUCUAGCCACUCUUCCAGUUCUAUGUGGGAUUCCGAUUUGGUAUGUGAUUCUAAUUCAAUGUGUAGUUCUAGCACCUCUUGUGAUACAUCUUCUAUGAAAAUUAAAAAUGAGAAAAAUUGCUUGCAAGACAAAGUUGAUAGUUUGACCACCAUUGUAAAUGAUCUAAUGAAAGACAAUGAGGAUCUUAAAAAUGAAAAUCUUUUCAUGAAUUGUCUUGUUGGAUCAUGUGAUGAUGUGAACCCCCCUUCCACUAUUUCAUGUACUAAAUGUGUUGAAUUAUCUAAUGAAGUGGAUAGUUUGAAGGUAAUGGUUGAUAGAAUGACUAGUGGGAGAGAUAACUUGAAUGUUCUCCUUGAUAGACAAAGGGUUGAGACUACUAAACAUGGACUUGGUUUUCAAAAACCUCCCUUUGUUCAACCAAGAAAGACAAACCACUAUCCUCCUAGGUUCAUGUCUAAGCUACCAUUUAAGAAAUGUACAUAUUGUUGCAUGAGUGGUCAUCUUGUAUAUCAAUGCAAUAUUAAGAAAUAUGGCCUAAAAGGAACUAAUCUUAAGUGGGUUCCUAAGAGGACUAUAAAUGUGAGCAACAUUGCUUCAACAUCUUAUGGACCUCAACCUAACACAUCUAGCAUGUUCUUUAGCCCCAAGGUUAAGAACAUGAUAUAUGUUCCUAAGAAAACUUAG